AUGGAUAAAUUGGGACAGAUCAUCUCCUUAGGACAGCUCAUCUAUACAAAGUGUGAAGAGAUGAAAUACUGCCGGAAACAGUGCCAGCGUCUAGGGAAACGCGUGCAUGGCCUGCUCCAGCCUCUCCAGAAGCUCCAGGACCAAGGAACGAACAACCUGCCAGAUGAUAUAAUUGCUGCCCUGGGCCGUUUUGAGGCUGUCCUGAAGGAGGCCAGGAAGCAGAUAGAAAAGUUCAGCAAUAAGGCCAGCAUUUGGAAGUUUGUAACUGCGGGCAGUGACAAGAUACUCUUCCAUGAAGUGAAUGAGAGGCUGAGAGAUGUCUGGGAGGAGCUGCUGCUGCUGCUUCAUGUUGAUCAAUGGCACUCUGUUUCAAAUGCCGGCCAAAGAGCAUCCUGGCUGCAGGAAGAUCAACAGGAUGCAGAGGAGGAUGGAAAUGAAAGUAUGCGAGCUAUCUUGAUGCAGAUGAGAAUUGACGUGGAAGAAAUCAAGGAAACUCUGAAACAACGCUCACUAAAACCCACACAGGAGAUCCCACAGGAGCAAAUCAAGGAGAUUAAGAAGGAACAUCUUGUCAGAUCUCCAUGGAUCUUACUGAAGAAAAAUAACCUGAGCACACUUUAUAGAGGAGAGUACCACAGAUCUCCAGUCACCAUCAAAGUAUUCAACAACCCCCAAGCCGGAAGUGUUGGAAUAGUGAGGCACACUUUCAAUAAUGAGAUCAGAACCAUGAAGAAAUUUGAUUCCCCCAACAUCUUGCGUAUAUUUGGGAUUUGCAUUGAUGAAGCAGUGAAGCCCCCUGAAUUCUCCAUUGUCAUGGAGUACUGUGAGCUUGGAACCCUGAGGGAACUGCUGGAUAAAGAAAAGGACCUCACAAUGAGUGUGCGCAUCCUCCUAGUCCUGGGAGCAGCCAAAGGCUUGUACAGGCUACACCACUCAGAAACACCCCAACUGCACAGAAACAUCAACAGCUCCAGCUUCCUGGUAACUGGAGGCUACGACGUAAAGCUUGCAGGAUUUGAAUUAAGUGAAACACGGGCUUCUAUCAGUCGGGGGACAAAAACCACUAAAGCAGAGAAAGUCAGUUCAACAGCGUAUGUCUCACCUCAGAGACUGAAAAAUGUGUAUUGUGUAUACGACAGAGAAGCUGAAAUAUAUAGCUUUGGAAUCGUGCUCUGGGAAAUUGUCACUGGAAAGGUCCCGUUUGAAGGCUGUGAUUCUAAGAAGAUCUACGAGCUGGUAGCUGAGGGUCAGAAGCAGGAGCCAGUGGGUGAAGAUUGCCCCAAGCUAUUGCAGGAGAUCAUUGAUGAGUGUCGGGCCCAUGAGCCCUCCCAACGGCCCUCUGUGGAUGGAAUCUUAGAGAGACUGUCUGCAAUUAACUGAAGUUAUGUAUUCAAACCUAAACUGAAGAUCCCCUGGACAAGAAGCUGGAAGAGGCACAAAUUGGACAUUUGUCCUUCAUAUCUGCUAGUAUCAAGUUUUGCUGGGUGCAAAAUUCUUUUUUCUUUUCAAUGGGGUAUCACCAUGGAGCCCUGUCUAUCUUGGAACUUGCUGUACAAAACUGGCUGGGCUCAGCCGGGCGGUGGUAGCGCAUGCCUUUAGUCCCAGCACUCGGGAGGCAGAGCCAGGAGGAUCUCUGUGAGUUCGAGGCCAGCCUGGUCUACAGAGCAAGAUCCAGGACAGGCACCAAAACUACACAGAGAAAACCUGUCUCAGAAAACAAAAAACAAAAAACAAAACAAAAAAAAAAAACAGGCUGGGCUCGAACUCAAAAAAAUCUUCCAGGUUCACCUCCCAAAUGCUGGGAUUAAAGACAUGGGCCACCACAUGUGGCAAAGUUCUUAUUUAUUACAAAUAGAAAACAAUUCCAUGGGGCUGGAGAGAUAGCUCAGCAGUUAAGAGCACUGGCUGCUCUUCCAGAGGGCCCGGGUUCAAUCGCCAGCACCCACAUGGCAGCUCAUAACUGUUUUUAACUCCUGUUCCAGGGAAUCUAAUGUCUCAUACAAAUAUACAUUUAGGUAAAACACCAAUGCACAUAAAAUAAAAAUAAAUACAUUAUUCAAAAAAAGAUUAGAAAGAGAGAAAACAAUUCCAGCCCAAAGUGGUGGUGCAUGCCUUCAGUCCCAGCACUUGGGAAGCAGAGGCAGGUGGAUUUCUGUUUAAGGCCAGCCUGGUCUACAGAGCAAGUUCCAGGACAACUAGGACUACACAGAGAGAGACCUGCCUCAAAAAACAAGCAAAACAAAACAAAAACAAUCCCAGCCAUAAAGAACUCCCAAUAUUUCCAAAAAUACAUUUCUAAUAUUAACUGCAGAUUAUUUACAGAAGUUGGCAAAUGGUUUUAUGUUCAUACCUCUUUUCAUGAUUUGAUGGAUCCUAUUAAGAAAUGACCUCUAUUUCCCCAGCAUUUGAAUCUGAGUUGGCUAAUAGUUUGAUUAUGUCAACAGAAUGAAGAAGAAGUAACAGUGGACCGCUUCCAAGUCUAGGCUUCAAGAGGCUUUAAAAUGUUCACUCUUGAAACAGUACCCAUCCAUGAGCAAGGGUAGUAGGCUUGCUGGAAGUUGAGGAACUACAGAGUAGAGGCAAAUGGUCCCAUAGAGUUCACGCUAAGCCAGCCGGCCUGGCAAUUGUCCCAGUUGCGUGAGUAAGCCCAGUUCAGACCAAAGAACUACCCAACUGAGCCCAUCCCAUUGCCAAUUUACAAAAACAUGAGCGAAAUAAAUAUAUUCCUGUCUUAAGUCACUAAGUUUUGGGGUGUUUGUUACAUAUUAGUAGUAAUAGUAAAUGCCACACAGCUCUUCCCUUUGCUCAACUAAGUACAAAACUUGUGGUUUGGAUAAUGCCCAUGGCCUGACCUCUGACCAUGUCUGAGUUUCUACAUCAGGUCCCAAAUGUUAGGGUUCUGUAUAUGCGCAGCUCUGGGUCUUGUCUGUCACCUUAGGUCAUCAGCGGGCGACUGCGUCCCAGCCUUAAAGACGGACGUGCACCCCCACACUCUCUCUCUGUGCCUCC